AUGAAGUCGUCAGCAGUUAUCAUCUCGCUCAUCAGCAUAGUUCUCGCUGACGCAGUCACCGACAUCAUCGCACCAACGGGCUCAUAUCCAUCUGGCUGCAGCAAGGAUUUCUCUGGCGAGUUCGAGCUUUCUGUCAGCGCCGUGUCCUACGACAAGCGUGAUCUCAAGGUCAAGAAGCGCACCUCCACGUCUUGCGGCGCCGAUGGAAUCCUCCUCGUGAGCCUGGCUGAUGGUGUCCUAAUUGAUUCCAAGAACCGGACUGGUUACAUUGCCUCCAACUACCAGUUCCAGUUCGACGACCCGCCACAGGAUGGUGCUAUCUACACGGCAGGCUUUUCCGUCUGUAACAACGAGUCGCUGGCACUGGGCGCUACCACCACGUUCUGGGAAUGCGCGUCGGGUAGCUUCUGGAACCUCUACGACCGUGACUGGGCUGCCCAGUGCAGCGAGAUUCAGCUGAUUGUCCUACCCUGCGAUGGCAGUUCAGACAGUGAGGCCAGUGAGAGUAGCGACGGCCAGGUUGUCGCCACUUCUCAAAUUACCACUACCGUUGUCAAGUCCAUCUCGGAUGGACAGGCUCAGGUUAUCACAACCACUGUUGGAGUUCCUCUUUGCCAGAUUACCGACGGCCAGGCUCAGGUCCAGACCACCCCGUGCGCGGCGAUUACGACCACGGCAGAAGCCACUGCGGUGCCCAUCAGCCAAUACUCUGAUGGCCAGAUCCAGGUCACCACACCCGCAACCGCAGCCACGACUGUGGUCGCUUCCGCGACCACUACGCCGGCUUCUGCUGAGACCACUGAGACUGCUGAGACCAGUGCUACCCCUGAAGAGACCACUGCCACCCCCGUGGAGACCACUUCCACUCCCGAAGAGACUGGUUAUACCACCGAGGAGACCACUAGUGUCGCCGAGGAAACCACUUAUGCUGCGGUCACUACCCCCGUUGUUGCGGGUACCACUACUGCCGUUGGCACUACCACUGCCAACAACUCGUACACUGCUUCCCUGACACCAUCGGCAUCGGCCAACGGCACGUUCGUGUCCAGCAAGAUUUCUUCAAAGGCAUCUACUGCUGCCUCUGGUACAACUGCCGGCACGACUACUAGUGCGGCUACGGCAUCAACUACCGCUGUCACAAGCGACUCUCUUCGGAUUAGUGUGAGCUCGUUUGCCAUUGUGGCCAUCGGUUUGCUCGGUGCAUUUGUGUCUCUGUGA